CUACGUAAUAUUCUAAUUUUGAGCAAUGUACCACCCGACUUAUAACAUCUCCUUUUUUUUUUCAUUUCACAGAUUUGCAAUCUAGUCGUUGGAAGACCUUAUCACGGCGUUUCUCAGUAAUCUCCACCACAAAAAAUAUAACCACUUCCCUAGUGUCGCGUGAGACCUCUCGGACCUACCUAUCGCUCAACCACAACAACAGCAACAGCAACAACAACAACAACAGCGACAACUACAGUAGUCACCAUGUCGGUGAACGACGAUGCUGUCAUGUCGGGCAGCGACAGCUUCUGGGAGGUGGGCAAGUACAUGCGCACGGUGAAGCGCUGCGACAACGGCUACCAGCUGUGCAACCACCUCAAGAGGCUCAUCGAGGAGCGCAGCGAGAUUGAGAAGAAGUACUCGGCCGUGCUCAGUGAGUGGGCCAAGAAGUGGAACAAUUUCCUGGACAAAGGCCCCGAGUACGGCACCACACAGGGCGCGUGGCGCGGGCUGCUGACAGAGGCGGACCACGUGGCGGACCUGCACACCAACAUGGCGGAGAAGAUGAUGUUUGAGGUGCACGGCAGCAUCAAGGUGUGGCAGAAGGAGAACUACCACAAGUCCAUGAUGCACUUCAAGGAGACCAAAGAGUUUGAGGACAACUUCAGAAAGGCCCAGAAGCCGUGGGGCAAGCGUCUCUCUAAGGUGAUGGUGGCCAAGAAAGAAUACCACUCCGCCUGCAGGACAGAGAAGAGCACAGCCAAUCAGGAGAACAACGCGCGAGGGGACACCACCGUCUCUCAGGAUCAGUUGAAGAAAUUGCAAGACAAACUGCGCAAGUGCCAGCAGGAGGUGGAAGCCACUCGAGAAAAGUACAAUGCCGCGGUCAACGACCUCAAUGGUUACAACGCAAAGUACAUUGAGGACAUGACUGAGGUGUACAGCAGAUGUCAGGACUUUGAACAGAAAAGAAUCGACUUCUUCAAGAAAACGUUAUUUCAGCUGCACUCCUGUCUUGAUCUGAGUGUUGAGUCGAGGUAUAGCCAGAUCUACACAAGCCUACACGCCACUAUAGGAAACAUGGACCCCAACAAAGACCUCAAGUGGUGGUCCACCAACCACGGAGUGGACAUGGCCAUGCACUGGCCCACAUUUGAGGAGUACUCCCCAGAGCUUCAGCAGAUCUCCAAGCGGGGCAAGUCCAACCUGAGCUCGGCGGACGGCGGCAUCAUGAUCACGGGCAUCCGGCACUCACGCGAGGACAGCUACGGAAGCUACAGCAACGAACCCACCAGCAACCAGCAACAGCAACAACAACAACAACAGCAACAGUACCAGCCCUACCAGCAACCCAACUACAACACACAGACCUCCAACAACUCGUACGGGGCCGCCUCUAAUUCAGCCGUGGACAGCCCGCAGACACAGAAGCGGUUGUCACUCGGCGGCGAAGAAGUGGAUAAAACUGGAGCCGGCUAUUGCAAAACUCUUAAUCCCUUUGGUGACGAAGAAGAAGAGGAGGAGGAUGAUAGCCUUAGGAAGACGGUGCCAGAGAGGAGGUCACCGAAGAAAGACGUAAUCCAACAAGAUUCGCCAGUGCAUGAGGGAGAAAACCCGUUUGGAGACACGGACGGCGAUGAAGGGGAGCCAGACGUGGAGGAUCCGCCGAGCCAAGGGUGGGCCGUGCGAGCGCUGUACGACUACGUGAAGGCGGAGGACGAUGAGCUAGAGUUCAAAGCUGGAGACAUCUUCACACAAGUGGCGACGGAGGAUGAGAUGGGGUGGUGCAAGGGGCAGAAAGGCGGCCAGAUCGGAUUCUACCCGAAGAACUACGUGGAGAGGAUAUAGUGACCAGCGCGCAAGAGGAUCUGCGUUGAGCGUCGCUUUCACUUUUUAUUAGAGCUGUGAAUUUGUUGGAUGGAACAGAAAGCCGUAGACGUAUUCUGCCUCAUCCUCGUGUUUUGUUACGGUACCGGAGAAGGAAGACGACCUGGUGUCGGUUGUUGAUGAAGCGAAAUGACUGACGACACGACGUCCCAUAGGGGAUGAAUUCCACCGUUACAAGUGUUUCGUCGCCUUGUAUCGGUUGUUGGGUGUUGAUUAAAAGGACUGCUAACACAAUGAGCGAUGGCAUUGAUUUAGAUCUAACUUGACAGCUCUCUUCAAGUAGUGUUUUUUUCUUUCUUUUUUUUGGUUUUUUUUUCAUUUUCUUUUUUGAGCUGGCUGGCUAUGUGGUAGUUAGUAGCGGCAGAGCAGAGAUUUCUGCUGUCCGAGACGUUGCGAAGUGGGAUCCUCAAUACUUGCAGCCAGCCGCUUCACGGGAGCGGGACUACUUCUCUCCCGCUAGCGCCACCACCUGCCACCUCUCGGGAUGAGGGCACGUUUGUUCCUCGGGGCUAAAACGAGCAAAAAUCCUCAACGCAAUUGUCAACUCUUUUUUUGUUUUGUCUGUUAUACUUACAACACGCUGUUGGCCGUAUUGCGAGGCUGGAUGUGUUUUUGUUGUUGUGUUCCAGCGUGUGUGUGUGUGUGUGUGUGUGUGGACGUAAAUAAUUUUUGAGAUGUCGAUGUGAUGUGUUUUCCCGUUUUUCCCUGACAGAUAGAUGACAUAACUGAGACGUGAUCGUCCCAUAUGCUCGACAUUGAUCAGUCUUGUUCUGAUGUGUCGUGAGAUUCAGUGAGAGUGUUGUGCUGGUAGCAUCUUCACCUUUUCGUAUGUGUGUGUGUGUGUGUGUGUGUGUAUCGGUGUCGAUGUCGAUGUCCGACUAGGAAAA